GUCCCCGAGGGGCCGCUCCUGGCUGCUGCGGAAACCUGUGAUAACUGCUGAGCUCAACAGACGGACCCUUCCCUGUCGGACACUGUAAGGCGCUGCUAGCCCAGGGAACCGACCAGCUGGACUGGAAGACGGGGAAGUCCAGGCCCAGCGCAGGGUGACUGGACCUUCUUCCUCUCUAGGGAUCAGCUGGACAGCUGGCUGAUUCAGGUCCACUGAUGUUCCUGCAGUACUCUUCAUGCUGAUGACUGGUAUAAAUUGUGCCUUGUGCUGCUGGGCUGCCCACCGACCUCUGUCAUCUCAUUCAAUCCUCACAAUAGCCCUAUGAAAUUGCCUGUCACCAAAUACCUUACAGACACUCCCCUUUGUGACCAUGAAACUCCAGGUGCCCGUAUUGCUGGUGGCCUGGUUUGGCGUCCUGGGCUGUGUGCAGGCUGAAUUCUUCACCUCUAUCGGGCACAUGACAGACCUGAUUUACGCAGAGAAGGACCUGGUGCAGUCUCUGAAGGAGUACAUCCUUGUGGAGGAAGCCAAGCUCUCCAAGAUUAAGAGCUGGGCCAGCAAAAUGGAAGCCCUGACCAGCAAGUCUGCUGCUGACCCCGAGGGCUACCUGGCCCACCCUGUGAAUGCCUACAAACUGGUAAAGAGGCUGAACACAGAGUGGUCCACGCUGGAGGACCUGGUCCUGCAGGACUCCGCUGCAGGUUUUAUUGCCAACCUCUCAGUACAGCGGCAGUUCUUCCCCACCGACGAGGACGAAACGGGAGCCGCCAAGGCCCUGAUGAGGCUUCAGGACACAUACAAGCUGGACCCAGACACGAUUUCCAAAGGGGAACUCCCAGGAACCAAGUACGAGGCAGUGAUGAGUGCAGACGACUGCUUUGGGAUGGGCCGCUCAGCCUACAAUGAAGGGGACUAUUACCACACGGUGCUGUGGAUGGAGCAGGUGCUGAAGCAGCUGGAUGCUGGGGAGGAGGCCGUCACCACCAAGGCCCAGGUGCUGGACUACCUGAGCUACGCUGUCUUCCAGUUGGGCGACGUGCGCCGCGCCCUGGAGCUCACCCGCCGCCUGCUCUCCCUUGACCCGAGCCAUGAACGAGCUGGAGGGAAUCUGCGUUACUUUGAACAGUUGCUGGAGGAAGAAAGAGGAAAAAUGGCAUCAAAUCAGACAGAAGCUGGACAAGCGCCCCAGGACAGCAUCUACGAGAGGCCCGCGGACUACCUGCCCGAGAGGGACGUCUACGAGAGCCUCUGUCGUGGGGAGGGCGUCAAACUGACACCCAAGAGGCAGAAGAGGCUUUUCUGCAGGUACCACGAUGGCAACAGGACGCCACAGCUGCUCAUCGCCCCCUUCAAAGAGGAGGACGAGUGGGACAGCCCGCACAUCGUCAGGUACUACGACGUCAUGUCUGACGAGGAAAUCCAGAGGAUCAAGGAGAUCGCAAAACCCAAACUUGCACGAGCCACUGUUCGUGAUCCCAAGACAGGCGUCCUCACUGUUGCCAGCUACAGGGUUUCCAAAAGCUCCUGGCUGGAGGAGGACGAUGAUCCCGUUGUGGCUCGAGUGAACCGUCGGAUGCAGCACAUCACAGGGCUAACAGUAAAGACUGCAGAAUUGUUGCAGGUUGCUAAUUACGGAAUGGGAGGACAGUACGAGCCACACUUUGACUUCUCUAGGAACGAUGAGCAAGAUGUUUUCAAGCAUUUAGGGACGGGGAACCGUGUGGCCACAUUCUUAAACUACAUGAGCGAUGUAGAAGCUGGUGGUGCCACCGUCUUUCCUGAUCUGGGGGCUGCAAUUUGGCCUAAGAAGGGCACAGCAGUAUUCUGGUACAACCUCUUGCGGAGUGGGGAAGGUGACUACCGAACGAGACACGCAGCUUGCCCCGUGCUUGUGGGCUGCAAGUGGGUCUCCAAUAAGUGGUUCCAUGAGCGAGGACAGGAGUUCUUGAGGCCAUGUGGAUCAACAGAAGUUGACUGACAUCCUUUUCUGCCCAUCCUCUUCCUGGUCCCACAGCCUUUUGUCUUCAAGUUCAACGUGACAAACACCUUUGUAUGUUCCAGCCCCUGUCAGGCGGGUCUUUGGAGAAGUGAAUGUCUGCUGGAGCAGACCAAGAGGAUAGGGGAAAGUCCUGGGUGACCUUGGUCCCAGCCUUUCUGGUCAGCCUGUGCCAUCUCGGGUCAGAGUGGGUGCAGCAGAGUCAGGCUGUCUGGCACCUAGCAAGGUGCCUUUGUACCUCAGAUGCUUUAGGUGUGAGAUGUUUCAGUGAACCAAAGUUCUGAUACCUUGUUUACAUGUUUGUCUUUAUGCAUUUCUAUUAAUGUGGCUUUAACCAAAAAAAAUAAAAUGUCCCUGCCAGAAGCCUUAAA